AUGUCUCUCUCCUCAGCCAUCACCACCACCGCGGCCCUCCCAACCGCCACCGCCACCCCAUCUCGCCGGAGGAGACCCACCACCACCACACUCGCCGGAGCCAGACUCCUCCCUUCCUCCCUGGGCUCGCUGAGGGCCAUCACCCCCACCUCGAAGGCGUCGUCGUUCGGCCUGAGGAGGAGAUCAGCCAGCAGCAACGGCUUCAGGGCCUCUGCCACGGCGGCGGUGUACAAGGUGAAGCUCAUCAGCCCGGAGGGCAAGGAGACAGAGUUCGAAGCCCCCGAAGACGCCUACUUGCUGGACUCGGCCGAGAUGGCCGGCCUAGAGCUCCCCUACUCGUGCCGCGCCGGCGCGUGCUCCACCUGCGCCGGCCUCAUGGUCUCCGGCACCGUCGACCAGUCCGAAGGCUCCUUCCUCGACAAGAACCAGAUGGCCAAAGGCUACAUCCUCACCUGCGUCUCCUACCCCACCUCAGACUGCGUCAUUCACACCAACAAGGAGGCCGACCUCUAUUAG